CGGACGCUGGGAGUCGGGGCUUUUUUGGCUGAUGAUAAGCUGGUGCUGGUUCGCAGGACUUGGGGUUUGAGAAACUUGACUUACAUUCAAAUAGAUUUAUUAAGCAUCUACUAUAGGCAAAGCCUGUGUAGGAAAACUUCCAAUUCUUUAACCCGGGGCUUCUCAAAAAAUCAAUUCAUUUCCGACUAUUAGCUUAGAACAUGGUGAUUACAGUUGGUUUAAAAAUAGGUGUCAAAGAAUCCCGGGGAUUUAAAAAAGAAACAAACUCAAACAUUUGAUAAAAGUGAAACGAUUAGACUUGAGGCAUUUUAGUCAGUGUUAUUUCUGUUGUUGUUUUUCCUCAACUGCAAAAGGAGAAAAAAAAUCAGAAGUCUAAUUCAAAUUUGAAAGGAGAACCGGCAUUGUGGACCAGACAGUCUCUAGAUUGUGAAUUCAUGAAGAGUUUGGGAAAUGAUUGUUCAUCAUAAUUAUAAAAUGCAUACUUUUCUAAUUAAUUUGCAUUUGCCCACAGUUGUUUUGGAAUUAUUCCACGCGGGGCUAAAGGUUUCGUGAAGGCAGGGACUGCCAUGUCCCUCUGUGGAUCUUUAGUUGUCCCUGACCAGUGGAAUCUGACAUUUAAUGCAUGUUUGUUGAAUGAGUGAAACAGUGAAGGAAGGGCAAUGUCCCUGAUGAAAAAAAAACACCAAAAACCUCCUUCAAUAACCUCUACCUGUUGAUGAGGUCAAAGACAGUCGGUGGGCCCUGAGUGGUUUCGUAAAGAACAGCUGCUUUUAAUUUCCCCCAAGCCUCCAGAUCAGGGGGUUGAUUCAGGCAGUGGUUCCCAAGUAUUGGUCAGAGUCCCCGUGACAGCCUUGAUGAAGUUGUCAGCUGUCCUUGACAAAAGUUAGGACAAUCUGUCGAUAUUCAACCAGCAUGCCUUGGACUUUACUGUGGGAAGACCCUAUUAUUUAAAAAUGGCUCAACUGAACUGUAUGGAGAAUGUGGGGUGUGUCCGAGAGGACAGAGAACAAACGCACAGAAGUACUGCCAGCCUUGCACAGAGUCUCCAGAGCUCUAUGACUGGCUCUAUCUUGGAUUCAUGGCGAUGCUUCCCCUUGUUUUGCAUUGGUUCUUCAUUGAAUGGUACUCGGGGAAAAAGAGUUCCAGUGCACUUUUCCAGCACAUCACCGCAUUAUUUGAAUGCGGCGUGGCCGCGAUCAUCACCUUACUUGUGAGUGAGCCAGUCGGUGUUCUUUACAUCCGUUCAUGCCGAGUACUGAUGCUUUCUGAUUGGUACACGAUGCUUUACAACCCAAGCCCAGAUUACGUCACCACCGUGCACUGUACUCACGAAGCUGUCUACCCACUCUACACCAUUGUAUUUAUCUACUAUGCGUUCUGCUUGGUGUUAAUGAUGCUGCUCCGGCCUCUGCUGGUGAAGAAGAUUGCCUGCGGGUUAGGGAAGUCGGAUCGGUUUAAAAGUAUUUACGCUGCACUUUACUUCUUCCCCAUUUUAACCGUGCUUCAGGCAGUUGGUGGAGGCCUUUUAUAUUACGCUUUCCCAUACAUUAUAUUGGUGUUAUCUUUGGUUACUCUGGCUGUGUACAUGUCGGCCUCUGAAAUAGAGAACUGCUAUGAUCUUCUAGUCAGGAAGAAGAGACUCAUCGUCCUCUUCAGCCACUGGCUACUUCAUGCUUACGGGAUCAUCUCCAUCUCCAGAGUGGGUAAACUCGAGCAUGACUUACCCCUUUUGGCCUUGGUACCCACGCCAGCCCUUUUUUACUUGUUCACAGCAAAGUUUACUGAACCUUCACGGAUACUCUCAGAAGGAGCCAAUGGACACUGAAUAUAACAUGCCAAAAACCCCUAAGAAGUAUUCUUAAUAAAAAAGUAAAGAAAUUAAAAAUGUAUUAGUUCUCUUCUGUCAUACAUGGGAAUGAGAUUGUCAAUAUGUCGUAAUGUUUUUGGUUGGUUUGUUUGAUUUUGGUUUUGACCUAAGACUUUAUGGUUAGACUUAGAAAAUACAAACACUAUAAUACUCUCUUACAUAGUAUAAUACACUAUCCCCGCUUAUAGUACUCUGUUAUAUGACAGGAAGCCUAUCUCUUGCAACAAGUUGGUUAUUGUUUAGAGCAAAAACAUGCUUCUGUUUUUAUUAAGUACUUUAAUAAGUGUAAUAUGGAAUUCUUAGCUUUGGCACAAUUGUGCUUGCCUGAUGUGUUUCAACCUGGCUUUCAAGUGUAAUGAAUUAUAAAGACAUACCUGUGGGGUCUGACAGCAAGCAUGGAAAUGUAAAGUAUGUUGUUUUUGUUAUCUGUUUAUUUUCACCAAUAUAGGAUUUUCAUCAAAAAUAGAGCAUAAUUUAUAUAACAGGUUUUCUGUUUAUAGGUAGUUUGGUUGAAAAUAUCUUCAUAUUAUUCCUGUUUCUGUAAAGAAAAACAGUAAUGAAAAACCUGACAAAAAGUCUCAAAUGUUCUGACAUUUGUAUUUGCCACACUAAUUGUGGAAAUUAAAAAUAUUAGGUAGUGAGAUUAAUGUCUUUUUCCCACGUGAAUAAAUACAUGUACUCACAUAUUUCCUUCCUCUUACAUCUUAUUUAAAAAAUUUGAUUUUAGACAGAGGGAAGAGAGAGAAACAUCAAUUGGUUGUGCAGAGAUGGAACUGGCAACCUAGGUACGUGCCCUGACCGAUCGAAUCUGCAGCCUUUCGGUGUAUGGGAUGAUCCUCUAACCAACUGCGCCAGCCAGCUGGGGCUUAUAUAUAUUUUUUAAGGAUGCAUACACAUGCCACAUUUUUUUGAUCCUGGGACACAUUUCUCUCCACAUUGGGACAUCUCUGAAUUAGGCUGCAUCACACAACUAAUGGCUUCUUAGAUUUAACAAAAUGCAGAAUCUAUACAGCAUAGGAACAGUUUUACUGUGGUUGUUGAUAGGUAUGCUGCUUGUCGAUUUUUAUACUCUGAAUAGACUUAUGGUUUUAACCAUGGAAAUAAGACUUUUAUUUACUGAUUCUGCUAUUAGUGGGGGUUACCCAAGUUUGUUAAAUCUCAAACUUUAAGACUUUCAUUGACAGUUGCAAAUUGCAAAAGAAUGCACUCACUUUCUCUAUAGUUUUGUUUAUGCCUUUUGAAUUCACAGCAGUUGUAUCCUUGGAAUUAUUUUGUUAUUUUUUCUUCGUUACUAUCUUUUUCACAAUACGUGCAGCCACCGGAAAAUGGACUUUUUUGGUACGUGUCUGUUUGGUCAUCUUUUCUGUAGGAAUAAAAAUAAAAUUGUAAAAAUUCUUUAUGUA